ACUACGCAUGAUGUUGAUUUGAUCAGCUGUUUGGAUUAUAUUUUUGUGUUCAAUUGCCCAGUGACAAUUUAGUCAAUUAAUUAUGUUAUUGAUAAAAAAUAAAUCGAAAUGUUUUCAAAAUUUAAUUGUUGAACAAAAACUACGCUCAAUAACAGUGAAAACAUCACAAUCUGUUAGGAAUGGCUCAUCUUCUACUCAAUCUACACCAGCAUCAACCUCUUAUCCGCGUUUGGAAAAGCUCAAGGAGCAAUUGAAGUCAGAAGAGUUAUCCUCAACAAAUCCACCCAAGAAACGUAACCAUGUAAGAUUACCGUCAUGGUUGAAACAAAAUAUUCCAAUGGGAAAUAACUACAAUCGUUUAAAGGACAAUUUGAGGUCAUUAAAUUUGCAUACAGUCUGUGAAGAAGCAAAAUGUCCCAAUAUUGGUGAAUGUUGGAGUGGAGGUAAAGAAAAUACACCAACAGCGACAAUUAUGCUUCUUGGUGACACUUGUACCCGAGGAUGUCGAUUUUGUUCAGUGAAAACAUCAAGAAAACCACCUCCUCCUGAUCCAAAUGAACCUUUUAACACAGCUAAAGCAAUUUCACAAUGGUCAUUAAGCUAUGUAGUGUUAACUUCAGUCGAUCGUGAUGAUUUAACCGAUGGCGGAUCAAACCAUUUUGCAGAAACUGUCAAGUUGAUUAAACAAAUGAUGCCAUCGUUAUAUGUUGAAUGUUUAACUCCCGAUUUUCGUGGAGAUCUCGACGCAGUCGGGCGAGUUGCAUUGUCUGGUCUGGACGUUUAUGCACAUAAUCUAGAAACUGUAAAAGAGUUACAAAGACAUGUUCGAGAUCAUCGAGCUAAUUAUGAGCAAUCAAUGACAGUACUUAAACAUGCUAAAAAGGUUCGAGCUGAAUCAGGCAAACCAGUCAUUACAAAAACAUCUUUAAUGUUGGGUCUAGGAGAGAACGACGAUGAAAUUAAAUCAGUUUUGGAUGAUUUACGGCAAAAUGACGUUGAUGUGGUGACUUUUGGUCAAUAUAUGCAGCCCACAAAGAGACAUAUUAAAGUAGUUACUCAUGUUGAUCCGGAUAAAUUUAAAUUUUGGGAAGAUUAUUCUAAAGAAUUAGGAUUCCUUUAUGUUGCAAGUGGGCCAUUGGUUCGAUCAUCGUACAAAGCUGGUGAAUUUUUCAUCAAAAACAUCAUUGACAAAGCUCGAAAAGAUUUUAUUUAAUUGUGUUAAUUGAUAAUAUUGGAAAAAUAGUGUAACAUAAUAAUUUAGUGUGUUUAUCAUUGACAACAGGAAAAUUUAACUUUUUUAUUGAAAGUUUAUUGAUAUUUUCCUGUCCAUCAUUGAUUUUCAACCUUCAUAGAUAUCAUUGGAUCAGAUUUUUAUGAGUUAAUUAAUACAAAGUGAUAUUUAAUUAACACAAAUGACUGAAUUUAAAGCAUAUUGUUAUCAUUAUUUUACUAAUAAGAGAUUUAUAUCCAUUCAACAAAGAAAAGCAUCCGCUGUGAUAAUUGAAUUUCCUGGAUUACAGUUGUGUAUAAAUAAAUGUAAAGCAAAGAGACGAGUCAAUAAUAUGUUACAAGAUGUUCACUGCUGUUAACUAAUCAAACUUCUGUUGGCUAAAUAAUUAAUUUGGGAUCAAGAAAGUGAAUUAGAUUGAUUAAAGUAAUUGUCCAAGGAA